AUGUUUGAUCAAACUCAAUUAUAUGGUGGUGCCAUCAAUACGGUGAUACCAAAAGGUUUUUUAGAUGUUUCCUUAUUGCGUGAAGUACCAGAUACACAGGAAGUUUAUGUCAAUAGUCGCCAGGAAGGUGAAGAAUUCCAUGAUGGUCUAGGUAGGGAUGAAAGCAUUAUUGUCGAUUUAUUGCAAGAAGUCGAAGCUACAAAUGAAUUAGAGGCUUUGCAAACUCAUAUUAAUGAAUUGACUACUUUGAAUGAUGCUACCGAUUGUGAGUAUUUCAAACAUGAUAAGCCUACUGAUAACAGUCAAAUUUGUAUCUUGAUGGAAUCAGCCAAAAAAUGGGGGAAACCUGAACUUCAAGAAAAUGUAGUUAUAUGUAUGGGAUUGAUUAGAUUACUAGAGUAUUCGACUGAUGUAGUCAUCACGAUAAACAUCCCAUUAGGCAAAACCAUCAACGAAGAUCAAGAUAUUUUAGAACAUCCAAAUAUCAUGGCAGCAUACGAUUUAUUGAGAGAAAUGGUAAAACAAUUCAAAGUUGUCGACCCAUCAUUAUUUAUUUAA